UAAACUUAACAUGGGAUUACCAAGAGGAGGUCGUGGUGGCUUCAACCCAAGAGGAGGUAGCAGAGGAGGCAGCAGAGGUGGCUUCAGAGGUGGAGCUCGCGGAGGCAGAGGCGGCAGAGGUGGCCGCGGAGGUAGAGGCGGUCGUGGUGGCCGUGGCGGCAGAGGAGGUGUCGGUAUGAGAACUGGCAUCCAGGUCGUAGUUGAGCCUCAUGAACAAUUUGAGGGUGUUUUCAUUCUUAGAGGCAAGGAAGAUGCACUCUGUACCAAAAACUCCACUCCAGGAGAAAGUGUGUACAAUGAAAAGAGAGUCAGUGUUCCAGGAGAAGAAGGAGAGAAGACUGAAUAUAGAGUAUGGAACCCAUUUAGAUCCAAGAUUGCUGCAUCUAUUGUUGGAGGUGUUGAAAAUAUUUUCAUCAAGCCAGGAUCUAAAGUACUUUAUCUUGGAGCCGCUUCAGGAACUACCGUCUCACAUGUCUCAGACUUGGUAGGACCUGAAGGUGCUGUGUAUGCCGUUGAAUUCAGUAAGAGAUCUGGAAGAGAUUUAGUAAAUAUGGCUAAAAAGAGAACUAAUGUGGUUCCAAUUAUUGAAGAUGCCAGACAUCCUAAAAAGUAUAGAAUGCUUGUACCAAUGGUUGAUGUUAUUUUCGAAGAUGUUGCUCAGCCAGAUCAAUCAAGAAUUCUAGCUCUUAACGCAGAAAUGUUCUUGAAAAACCGUGGACACUUCGUUAUUUCCAUCAAAGCCAACUGUGUUGACUCUACUAAAGCCCCACAGCAUGUAUUCGCUGCUGAGGUUCAGAAAAUGAGAGAAUCUAAAUUCAGACCAAUGGAGCAAAUGACUCUCGAGCCUUAUGAAAGAGAUCACUGUGUCGUUGUUGGAAUGUACAGACCAAGCGCUGAGGACUUCCCACAGGACCACAAAUAAACUUAUCAU